GCAAGCCCUACUCCGAGCUCGCCGGUCUUCCGCCAUGGCAGCUCGCAACCUCAAGAAUGCCACCAUCGCCCUCCUCGUCCCUCUCCCCUCAAUCGUCUUCUUCCUCUUUUUCAUCCAUGCCCAUUCCGACGCGGCUGGAGGUAACUCCGUCUUUAGCUGGUGUUACAACCAUCCUUUCCUCCUCGCCAAUGUCCUCUUCUUCUUCAACGUCAAUGUACUCUUCUGGAUCAUUGGCCUCAUUCAAUCCAACAACUGGAUGAUUGAUUUGUAUUGGACUGUGAUCCCGGUGAUGCUGGUGCACUACUACGCGAGCCAUCCAAUGACGGUGAAGGAUGGGCUGAGAUCCGUGGUGGUGAUUGGGUUGACAUGGGUGUGGAGUGUGAGGUUAACUCACAACUAUUUUAGGAGGGAGAAGUGGCAGUGGGGUGAGAGAGAGGACUGGAGGUUCAAUGAGAUGAGGAGGCAGUAUGGGAAGCAAUGGUGGUGGGUUUCCUUCUUCGCCGUCUAUUUUUCACAGCAGAUUUUUCUGAUCGGCAUAUGCUUGCCUAUGUAUGCUAUUCAUAUGAGCAACAAACCCUGGGACAGGUGGGAUUUCCUUGCUACAGUUGCUUGCAUAAUAGGGAUAGUUAUAGCUUAUUAUGCAGACACACAACUCCAUGAUUUUGUACAAAAAAAUGAAAGAUUAAAAGAGCUUGGUGCACCCACGGUUCCUAAUCUUGACAAAGGCUUGUGGAGAUAUUCUCGCCAUCCAAACUACUUCGGGGAACAAUUAUGGUGGUGGUCUCUAGCCGGUUUUGCAUGGAAUUUAGAACAAGGAUGGAUGUUUAUCGGGACAUUUAUCAAUACUCUGUGCUUGGCAUAUGUCACCGUGUUGGUUGAAAAGCGAAUGUUAAAACAACAACAUAGAGCUGAAGCCUACGGGCGCUACCAGAAGUCAACAUCGGUUUGGAUUCCUUGGUUCAGGUCUGCUAUCAAAGAUUCAAAAGCGAAGACCAGUUGAGAAGAUUUGCUUGCCAUUUGUAAUUUCUUCUCAGGCUUCAAUUUCACUUGACUUUGCACUAUUAAAUCUUUAUAACUGUUUGACAAUGUGUUAUUUGUGUCGCUUAUGGUUUAUGUGGAAUAAAUAUGAAACUCAUCAAGCCUUUCAAUAUAAACAACCUGUUUUUGUAAA